AUGAGUGCUGCCUUUGCAAGGAGUGCUGCCUUCGCACGGAGUGCAGCCUCCGCAUGGAGUGCUGCUUUUGCUCAGUGUGCUGCUUUCGCAAGGAGUGCUGCCUUCGCAAGGAGUGCAGCCUUGGCAAGGAGUGCUGCUUUCGCAAAGAGUGCUGCCUUCGCAAGGAGUUCUGCCUUUGCACAGAGUGCUGCCUUUGCAGGGAGUGCUGCCUUUGCACAGAGUGCUGCCUCCGCAAGGAAUGCUGCCUUUGCAUGGACUGUUGCCUUCGCAAGGAGUGCUGCCUUUGCAAGGAGUGCUGCCUUCGCAAGGAGUGCUGCCUUCGCUAGGAGUGCUGACUUCGCUAGGAAUGCUGCCUUCGCAGGGAGUGCUGCCUACGCACGGAGUGCUGCCUUCGCAAGGAGUGCUGCCUUCGCAAGGAGUGCUGCCUUCGCAAGGAGUGCUGCCUUCGCAAGGAGUGCUGGUUUCGCAAGGAGUGCUGCCUUCGCACGGAGUGCAGCCCUCGCACGUAGUGCUGCCUUCGCUCAGAGUGCUGCUAUCGCUAGGAGAGCUGCUGUUGCAAGGAGGGCUGACUUCACAGGGAGUGCUGCCUUUGCAGGAGUGCUGCCUUCGCAAGGAGUGGUGCCUUCGCAAGGAGUGCUGCCUUUGCAAGGACUACUGCCUUCGCAAGGAGUUCUGCUUUCGCAAGGAGUUCUGCCUUCGCUAGGAGUGCUGCCCUCGCAAGGAGGGCCGCCUUCGCAAGGAGGGCUCCAUUAG